GCCGUUAAAGGGGCCGCGGGCACGGCCCGGCCCGGGGGGGCCCCGCCGCUCCCGGGGUCACUCAAAGACAAAGCCAUGGCGGGGAAGCCGCGGCCGCAGGCACGGCCGGCGCUGCCAGGAUGUCCACGGACGGCGGCUUCGGCACGGCCGGGAGCAGCGAUGCCCAGCAGAGCCUCCAGUCCUUCUGGCCAAGGGUGAUGGAGGAAAUCAGGAACCUCACUGUGAAAGAUUUCAGAGUUCAGGAGCUGCCCCUGGCUCGGAUUAAGAAAAUCAUGAAAUUGGAUGAAGAUGUGAAGAUGAUCAGUGCAGAAGCCCCUGUGCUCUUUGCCAAGGCUGCUCAGAUUUUCAUCACCGAGCUCACCCUGCGAGCCUGGAUCCACACUGAGGACAACAAGCGCAGGACCCUGCAGAGGAAUGACAUUGCCAUGGCAAUCACCAAGUUUGAUCAGUUUGAUUUCCUGAUUGACAUUGUCCCCAGGGAUGAGCUGAAGCCUCCAAAAAGGCAGGAGGAGGUGCGCCAGGCCGUCACCCCGGCCGAACCCGUGCAGUAUUACUUCACCCUGGCCCAGCAGCCAGCAGCAGUGCAGGUGCAGGGCCAGCAGCAGGGCCAGCAGACCACCACAGCCACCACCACCAUCCAGCCUGGCCAGAUCAUCAUUGCCCAGCCCCAGCAGGGCCAGACCACCCCAGUGACAAUGCAGGUGGGAGAAGGGCAGCAAGUACAGAUUGUGCAGGCUCAGCCCCAGGGCCAGAGCCAGCAGGCUCAGAGCAGCACAGGACAAACCAUGCAAGUGAUGCAGCAAAUCAUCACCAACACGGGGGAAAUCCAGCAAAUCCCGGUGCAGUUGAACGCUGGCCAGCUGCAGUAUAUCCGCUUAGCCCAACCCGUGUCAGGCACCCAGGUAGUCCAGGGCCAGAUCCAGACGCUUGCAACCAAUGCACAGCAGAUAACACAGACAGAGGUCCAGCAGGGCCAGCAGCAGUUCAGCCAGUUCACAGAUGGCCAGCAGCUGUACCAGAUCCAGCAGGUGACAAUGCCAGCGGGCCAGGACAUUGCCCAGCCCAUGUUCAUCCAGUCCAGCAGCCAGAGCUCAGACAGCCAGGCCACCCAGGUGACAGGGGACUGACAGGGACCUGCUCAGUGUCCCCAAACACCAGGGGACUGAGAGAGACCUGCUGAGUGUCCCCAAACCCUGGGGACAGAGCAGGGACCUUCUCAAUGUCCCCAAACCCAGGGGACUGAGCAGGAACCUUCUGAGUGUCCCCAAACCCACAGAACUGAGCAGGGACCUUCUGAAUGUCCCCAAACCCUAGGGGACAGAGCAGGGACUCUCUCAGUGUCCCCAACCUGAGCAGGGACCCUCUCAAUGUCC